AUAUUGAAGAAAGCGAGAAACCGAGAGAGUGACAACUGGAGUGAUUUGUUCACACAGCGGCAGUUUAUUUUGAUUACGUUCGUUGGAAGCACGCGCUAAGCAACCACACAACGGCGGAGCCAUUGGGAGGAUGUGGCAAAGUGAAGGCGGCGUCGUUUUCUGGGUAUCCCGGAGUUUCUGUUCGUCGGCGAGUCUCUGAGUGCUUUUGCAUAAACGUAACCCCAGAACGAGAAGCAAUAAGGUUAAAGGCGUUGAUCCACGUCAGGUCCCAGCAAACGCAUCGGAAAACACAUUGAUGUCAAAAGAAGGAACCAUACGAGUUUGAGACGUUUAACACAAGAAGCCAAGAUAAACCAAGAAUACUCAAGAAAUUAAGGACCACAGUUCCUGUAACGAUAGGACUUUAAUUACUUUUUGAAAAACAAACAAACAAACAAAAAAAACAGGUUCUUCUGGACACUUGAUUUAUUUAUUUACAUCAAUGUACAUUUCUCCAUUUUUGGAGAGUUGGUUUGUAAAUAGAAUUCUUACACAAACUUCUUUUUAAGAAGCAUGGAUGUCAGAUUGUGUGCACAAUACAUUCUUUAAAAAGGAAAAAUAUAUAUAUUUUUUUCAACUUUUAGUUUUUUUUAUACACAAAGGUACAUAAGCAAAGCCGAUAACAAGCACGGGUAAAAUUCCUACUGAGGUCGUUUAACCUAUGGCUACGACAAGAACUGCAAAUCCAGCACCAAUGUUUGGAUUCAACAAGCCAGCAAAUGGGCAGCUUGUAGGGCAGGCCAAGUCAGAUGGACCUCAGUCUGGACCCACUGGCAACGCCCAGCAUCCUAGUGCCCUUCAGAAAAGAAGCAGCUUUCCUCAGAGCAGUGGGGGCAUCAAGUUUGGCGAUGACUGGAAGAAAUGCCUGGAGCUUCCUGCUAAAGACAACCGGGUGAAAACUUCGGAUGUGACAGCAACAAAGGGAAAUGAAUUUGAAGACUACUGUCUAAAACGUGAACUUCUGAUGGGAAUCUUUGAAAUGGGGUGGGAGAAACCCUCCCCUAUACAGGAAGAAAGCAUCCCCAUAGCUCUGUCAGGCAGAGAUAUUUUAGCCCGAGCUAAGAAUGGCACAGGAAAAAGUGGAGCCUACCUCAUUCCUAUGCUGGAGAGAAUAGAUGUAAAGAAGAACCACAUCCAAGCCAUAGUCAUGGUGCCAACAAGAGAGCUGGCCCUGCAGGUGAGCCAAAUCAGCAUUCAGCUCGGCAAGCACAUGGCAGGCAUCAAGGUCAUGGCUACCACAGGUGGUACCAACUUGAGGGAUGACAUCAUGCGUCUUGAUGAUACUGUGCAUGUAGUGAUUGCUACACCAGGCAGGAUACUGGACCUGAUGAAGAAGGGUGUUGCAAAAGUGGAUAAGGCCCAAAUGAUGGUGAUGGAUGAGGCAGAUAAACUGCUGUCCCAGGACUUUGUAGUCCUCAUUGAAGACAUUAUCAGCUUCUUACCAAAGGAUCGUCAGAUUCUGCUUUACUCUGCCACGUUUCCAAUCAGUGUGCAAAAAUUCAUGAGCAACCACUUGAAGAAGCCCUAUGAGAUCAACCUAAUGGAGGAACUGACCUUGAAGGGUAUCACCCAGUACUAUGCCUAUGUGACAGAAAGACAGAAGGUCCACUGUCUCAACACAUUGUUUUCAAAGCUUCAGAUCAAUCAGUCUAUCAUCUUCUGUAACUCUACCCAGAGGGUUGAGCUACUUGCCAAGAAAAUCACCCAACUGGGCUAUUCAUGCUUCUACAUUCAUGCAAAGAUGAUGCAGGAGUACAGGAACCGUGUCUUCCAUGACUUCAGGAACGGACUGUGCAGAAACCUGGUCAGCACAGACCUAUUCACUCGAGGAAUUGACAUCCAGGCGGUAAAUGUGGUCAUCAAUUUUGACUUUCCCAAAAGUGCAGAAACCUACUUGCACCGAAUUGGCAGAUCAGGGCGUUUUGGACACCUCGGUCUGGCCAUUAAUCUCAUCACUUCAGAUGACCGCUACAACCUAAAGACUAUUGAGGAUCAGCUGGGAACUGACAUUAAGCCUAUCCCCGGAAGCAUCGAUAAGAGCCUGUAUGUGGCAGAGUUUCACUCUGUCGACCCAGAAGAAGAUGAAUGCGAUGAUGACAAAGCCAAAAACAAGGAACUGGGAGCGGCUUGAAUAUAUGGACAAAGUUGAUACCUGGCAUUCGUCACAGAAUACUGGCAAAAGGUCACAAGAUGCAAACAUUUCUCCUCUCUACGUCAUCAAAAUGGUCUACUUUACAUUUACGGUUCAUGAUGAGUUACAGUUAUCCUUCCAGUUGUCUGUGCAAAUUUACUUCACUGGGAAAUACUACUUUAAUUAGAUGGUCGCUGUACUGAGCCAGACUCGACAAAGGCUUGAAAAGAUUAACAUUGUCUCUACUUGUACUUAUAAAUAUAAGAAUGUGAAACUAAAGGGAUGCAUAAAGAAUGGAGCCCAGCUCCACAACAUAUUGCCAUUUACAUCUAAAUAACAUGUAUUUUGAACAGAACAGAUUAAAAGGAAAACUGCACUUAAAAACAUUUAGUGUGAAACGAAACUUAGUGGCUGUUUUUUUUUUUUUUUUUUUUUUUUUUUUUAUCUCAGUAUCACAACUCUGCUCUGGAGCAGUGUGUCAACAUGGGUAAUAAUGUAGAUUAGCUGUCAGCAAUGAAAGUGCAUCAAACAUCAUUAUACCAUCACCCCCCUUUUUUCCUUUUCUAAAUUUUUGGAGAGGAUAUGUAAGAACAGGUGAUGUCUUCCAGUCCUUUUGCGGGAAAGUUUUGUUACGUAUAUAAAUCCAUAUAAACACACUUUGGUUUGUUUGAUACUUUUUCUUUAAAAUUUGUCAUUGCGUCUUUCUUCUCCCCUUCUCCCAGUCAGGAUAUUUUUUUUUCAGACCCCUGUGAUAACCAUAGUUUGGCCAUGACACACCAGACUGCGUGUUCUUCUGCAACAUGUCAGUAAACCCAAGACCUUUAAGCUAAUGGGUACACAAUACUGUGGCCACUAAGUGUAGCUUGCUCAUCGUUCCAGCUUAUUUGUGAGUAACAAUAUUCAACAAAGCUUCAACAGUAAAGUAAUAAUAUAUUAGAAUAUAGGUUAAACCGCAAAUAUCACUAUUUGUUCAGGGUGAUGUUUAAAAGCAGCUGCUGUGUUACAGUUAACAGUGGAAAUGAGAUGUUGAUUGUCGAGUGUAGCUCACUUUGUGGACCCAAUAAUCACGUAAUCAAGUAGAAAAAUUCUUUAAUCUGUUCUUUUUCAAAAAGUGGAGCUAUGCAUAAUGUUCUCAGGUUAAACAGCUAUGAACAAGAAGGCCUUAGUUAUCAUUGGGACAGGAAGGCCUCCAUGCGGUUUCUGAUCCCCUCUUCAAAGUGCCUUAGUCUGAAGUCAGAACUCUUUUUUUUUUUUUUUUUUGCUUGUGGUCAAACCCUAACACAAACUCUUGCACUGUGAGAAGGAAUGUCAUUUUCAUAAGUAAGCGCAUCUCAACUUCAUUACUGUGAAAUUUCCAGGAGAUCUUUAUCCUCAGUGAGACAUUGAUUGCGACAGUAAUUCAUGUGGGCUUGUAACCAUGAACUGUUUCAUGACCGAUGAGUUGAUUUGUUGAGCAGAAUGACAACCAAGAUUUCUUUGAAACGUUUAAAUGCCAGCAACUCAAAAUAAAGUCCAACUGACAGACAA